GUUGUCGUCAGUUUAUGUCGCAUGUCACACACGUGUUGUAUUAUUUUGUAUUUUUGCUAUAAGAACAAUCAAAUCAAUCUUUUAAAAACAUGUAUUUAAUGUACUACUUAAACGAAGAUGGAACCCGUGUUUACACACUGAAGAAAACAGAUCCAACAGGAAAGCCCACAUUGUCUGCUCACCCUGCUAGGUUUUCUCCUGAGGAUAGUUAUUCAAAGCAAAGGAUAAUAAUGAAGAGUAGACAUAAUCUGCUACCAACACAACAACCGGCUCCAGUAUAUUAAGUCUUGUAUUUUAAGCAUUUAUAGGUUAUAAUUUAUUUUUAUUGAUUGAAUAGAAGUAUAUAGAAAUCA